AUGAGAUAUUUUUUAGGUUUGGAAGUCCCUGGAAAUGAUGAAGGUACUCUCCUCAAUCAGAGGAAGUACAUUCAUGACCUAAUUAUAGACUCAGGGCAAGGUGAUUGCAAAGGACAUAAAUUCCCUAUGCAAAAGGGAUUGAAACUAAGCACUGAAGAAGAAACACUUCUCUCAGAACCAGAACAAUAUAGAAGGCGCAUUGGCAAACUUCUAUAUUUAAACCUCACAAGACCUGAUAUAUCCUACUCAGUUCAACAACUGAGUCAAUUCAUGCAAAACCCCAGACAACCCCACUUAGAAGCAGCCUUGUAUGUCAUUGAUAGGGGCACCUGUGCCUACAGUGGCAAGUCCUUGACUGGCAACUGCAUAUUCUUGGAAGUUAGCCUCAUCUCUUGGAAAACUAAGAAGCAAAAAACAGUAUCCAAGUCAUCAGCAGAGGCUGAACUGAGAAGCAUGUCUAAAUCAGCCAGUGAAGUGACAUGGGUGGAUGAAAUCUAUGAAGAUCUUGAUUUCUGUAUUCCCAAGCCUAUUACACCUUAUUGUGAUAAUAAGGCUGUAAAUUACAUCCAAUCCAAUAUAUCAUGA